AUGAUAAAAAUUAUAAAAAGGCAAAUAUAUUACUCAUGUGAAAAAAAAAAAUAUUAUACAAAUAGAUUAUACAAAAAAGUUUGCAACAAUUGUUUUAAUUUAAAUAUAAACAACUUAAGUAAAUGUGUUUAUUGUGAUCAUAAUAUAAAUGAUAAUGAUAUAAGAUUAAUAAAAAAUAAUAUUUUUACAGACAUUAUAAAUGUGAGGAAGGAAUGUAAAUAUAUAGAUGAAAAAUCUGUAAAAACUAAUUUUGUACCAUUAUUAAAUAAUGUAGAAAUUGAUGAUAGAUACAUUCAUAUUAAAAAUGGUUUAAUAAAUAAUUGUAACAGAUUAUAUGUAUAUUAUAAUUGUUACGAUUAUAUUAUAAUGAAUAACCCUUACAGUAAUUCAUGUAUUAAUCUUAUUGUUUUAUUUAAAGGAAUUACAUAUGAUGUCAAAAACUUAAAAAGAAAAAAUAUAAAUUGUUUGUUACACUUGUAUAAUUAUAUUUAUUUUAUAAUAGAUAUAUUUCUCUAUUUUCUUAUUAUUAGCAAAGGAAAAUACGUCCAUUAUAAAUAUAUGUAUAAUAAAUCAACUUAUGUUGACAAAGAUUAUAAUGAAGAAAUAGUAGAAAUUUUGCUCGAAUUAAAUAAAAUUAUUAAGGAAAGGAAAAAAAACGUAGUUGUAGACAAUAUUAAUAGUAAAAAAAAAUAUCUAGAAAAUGUAAAUGAAGAAAAUAUAAUAGAAAAAUUAAAUGAAAAUUAUGAGGAUAUAUAUAAAGAUAUAUUAAGAAAUACUGAUAAAUCUACAUUAAAUAAUUUUUUUAAGAAGUUAGAAGAUAAAAACGUUAAAAAAAAAAUAAAAACUUUAAAAAAACACUUAUAUGUAGGUUGUUCUUAUCCAUCUCCUAUAAAUCAUUUUUCUAUGCAAAUUUUAUUUCCACCGUUCUCUAAUUACAAUUUCUUUACUUUUCCUUUUUAUUUUUCUAUUCAGAAAAUUCUAUGUGACCUGUAUGUAUAUGGUCAUGUAAAGAAUUAUAACCACUCAGAAGUAAUUAAGAAUAUUUACAAUAACAAGUUAAUAAAAGAAAUAAAGGAAAGCGAUACUUCUUCUAAAGAUAUCCUCCAAUUUUAA